AUGCUAAGACCCAACAUUGCCGCAUCUGGAGCAUUUUCUAACGCCUCUCACUCUCGCCACUCGAGAAAUUUCAUCAUCGAAACAGCCUUGGGUCUGCAGGCGGACGUGUUUGGAAAUGCCGCCGUUUCCUCCACAGAGCAGAGGGAAGAUGGUGUUCCAAAAAUGUUCAAUCUUUCUCGACGCUCAGUCUGCCCUGAUGACCGCAGGAGUUGUGUGUUUGAAUUCCGCGUGGGGUAUGCACAUUUACACUUGACACUGGGCGACGAGAUAUUGAAGAUGAUGACUUUAAAUGCAUAAAUAUUUAAAAUAAUUAAUUGUGAAAGGAGACAAAAUGAAGAACUGGAAAAGUGACAGAUCGUCCCUUCGAUGCCUCCUGUUUUGCUUCUUUGGAGGGGUUGGAUGUCUUUUCCCUUAUUUGCCCUUGCAUAUGCAAAAAGUGGGACUAACAGAAAAUGAGCCAUAUGUUGUGUCUAUUGUUGCACCUUUGGUGGCGGCACUGGGCCCCUUAUUUGUGUGCCCUUUAGCAGACAGAAUUGGAGGUGCAGGAGGUCGUUCAAUGAGGAUCUUACUGGCUAUUGUCAUCUUACUCUCAGCUAUAUGUUACCCUCUCUUAAUGUGUAUACCACAUGUUUUGAAAGGAAGAGGGGACCUUGGAAUGAAUUUCAUCUGUGAUGCUGAUCAUUCAGAAAUUUGGCAAACAUGUUCUGAGAGUGAUGGAUGCAAUGCCUGGCCGCAAACAAAUGCAUUUGUGCUUCACAGUUGUCGAUAUAAUUGUAUGUCAGAGAAAGUGCCACUAACUGGAGAACUAGAAACAACUGUAAUGUCUACAACUGUUGAUGACGACGACAUUCUGAUUUCUGAAGUUACUCUGAAACCCCUUAAUGUGGAUUCUUCAAAAGGAGGGAAUGAUGAUGACACUACGACUGUUGAGGAUGAUGAUUUCGGAUUUGAGGAUAAAAGAAGAAAGCGAGACACUUACAUUACUGAUGAUAGCACUAUGAACAUAUGCUUUAAGUAUCAAGACAAUUCUAAAAAUUGUCAUAUGUAUUCCAAACACAGUAAUGGGAUAUUAAUUUCGGGAAUUUUGUCAAAGGCGACUGAAAACAGUGAUUAUUGUAGAAAUGGCUGCAAAUAUACUGUGAAUGGAAAUUUUUCAUGUCAUAUACCUAAAGCACCUGAGCCUUCGUGUAAAGUUCUUUGCAGCAUCUCACCUCCUGAGUGUUCUAAAGAUACAGAAGCAAGUGAAUGCUGGGAGAAUGCAAACAAUGGACAAAUUACAUUUUGGAGCUACUUGGUGGUUCGUUCCAUUGCUGACAUUUUUCCAACAACAGCAGUGGGAUUGCUUGAUGCUGCUAUUGUUAUAGCUACUUGUGAAACAAAUCUUGGUCAUGGUGAUGUUGGGCGUGAAUUAGUAUUUGGAUCACUCGGAUUUGCAAUAUUUGCUCCCGUAGUGGGCUAUUUAAAUUCACUCGACAUAAACAAUGACCUUCAGAUUCCAUACAUGUUCUCAUUUAUUACCUUUGCUAUCCUAAUGGUUAUUUCAACACUAAUACUUCUCAUUAGUAGCUCUAUGCCUCUAAGUAGGCCUGAGUGGUGGACAAGACAUGCUCGAGUAAUGCCUCUUGGAGGAAUCAAGAGGCAUUUAAGUGAAUUGGUGUGUUUGGUUGUCAUACUUGUUAUUCUAGGAAUCUUAUGGAGUGGUAUUGAUUCUUUUCUUCCUUGGCAUCUCAAUGAAAUGAAUGAUAUGAAAGACAAUACAGACUCUCUUCACCUGAAUGUUUUGUUGGGUCUUACUCUGACUGUUGGAUCCCUGCCUGCAAUCCUACUUUUAUGGAAUUCUGAAAAAGUAGUUGAAUUUUGUGGACACACAAAUCUUUUAAUAAUUGCAUUUAUUUUCUACAUAGUUCGAUAUGCAGCUUACUCAUACAUGCAAGUUGCAUGGUGGGCAUUGGCCAGUGAAGCUCUGGAAGUGUUCACAAUGAGUAUCAUGUGGGUGACAGUGAUUUUGUAUAUGCGGCAACUUGUUCCUCGGCACCUUACAGUCACAUCUCAAGGCAUGGCGGUAUUUUUUCAUUUCUGCCUUGGACGAUGUUUUGGUUCUGUCUUUGCUGCUUUGUUAAGCACAUACACUAGCAAGGGUAAUGGAUCAUUUGUACCUGUGUAUCAAGUUGGAGCUCUUCUUUCAGCAAUAGUUGCAUCAAUAUAUUUUACUGUGUAUCAUUGUUGCCUGAAGUGGUUUUGCCAGCCUGUAGCUGGGCAAACUUCUCAAGAUCAUCAAGAAAUUUCCCAAGGCCCAACAUCAAAUGGAACGUAUGCACCAUUACGGAUUUAUCACAAUGGAAGUGGACAAAAGGAACAGGUCAGCUAUUAGUUCAUCCUAUGAAGAUAAAUUCCUGAUAAUGAAGUGCAAAGUCGAAAACAUGAUUACAUUUUUAGUACAGUGCAUUUUUAAUGAAAAAAUGUUAAUCUAUUUUCACAUGUUCUUCUCUAAAUUGUUCAAUUUGUGUUAUAUUUUUUUGUUCAUUUUUACUAUAUUGUAAUAAUUACAAUUGUGUCAUUUUGUUUACUAUCUGGCAGUUGAUAAAACUUCCUGAGAUUUGUACAGAAAUUGGGCUCUACUUUUAUGGAGAAAGCUGGCCUAACAAAUAGUCAUGUGUAUAUCUUUUACUUUCAGUCAUGUAUUUUAACCAUAGAUUGCCAGACUCCAACAUAUGCAUGUUAUUGAGAGAAGUGUCAUGUUGACGAACGCUUUUUUUUUACCAAGUCAGAAGUAAAUAUUCAUCUUUUUUAAUCAUUCUUUUAAGGAAAAUUUAAUAGUUAAGAAAUGUGUUAAUCAUUUGGAAACUUCACAAAACAUCACACAAAACUUUUUUAAGUUAUCUUGCCUCAUCUUUAAGAAAAAUAUUAUUAUAAUGGGUUUUCUUAGUAAUCAGUAAUUGCUUUUUAUCAAAACUAUAUUUUUCCAUUCACUGAACUUUAAGAAAAGAUGAAUAUUUAUUUCUGUUCAGUAACCACUUUAAAACUUUUUUUUAUAAUAAUAUUGUACGAGAAAAUAACAUUUUUUAAAUUAAUUUUGAAACUUUUGUUCCUAAUUUCUUAAUAAAUUUUGAGGCAUGAAUUUAAAUACCAGAAAGUUAAAAUUUUUAUAAUGUUCAACAUAAAUGCAUUCUCUAUUUUUAGAACACUAUUCCCUUGUAAUUUUUAACUGCAAUAAUAUUAAUGUAAUCUUUUAAAAAAAAAGUUUUGUUAAAGAGUUUGCAGGGUUACAUAUAAUAUAAUGAUUUAAAUUCCCUGAUGAAUAAAUGACAUAUAGUUUUAAUUCCCUUUAUAAUUAUAAGAAAGUCAUAGUGUUUCAAAAAUAUAUACAGGUGUUUAAGAAAAAAGUGCUCAAUCACAGAAUAGAUGUACAGAAGGGAAGUGCUUUUAACCAAUGAACCUUCGGUCUACAUGGUAAUGGUUUAUGAUAAUCUGUAAAAAAUACCCAUUGGUCACCCUGCAAUGUCAGAAUACCAAAACAUAUACAGGUUGCGGAUGAUUACUAUUUCAGGCUGAAAGCAGUAAGAUUGAACAUGUUCUUUGGAAUUGGAUUCCCAAAGAGAAACAUAAAUUAAGAGAAGGGAACUAAGGUUCUGGAAAAUAAAUCAUGGUUUGAACAUUAAAUUGUAUUGUUUGUUUUAAUUUAACAGGCAACAAUUCAAUUAUUCUUAUAAGAAUUUUAAAGUUCAACAUUUAAGUCAUAAUUGAAUCAUAAUUUUUCAGUACCUGUGUGCCCUUCUUUUCUUAAAAUGAUGACUUUCACUGCAUUGAUAAUGGUUAUAACAUCUGUCCUUCUGCUCUCAAAUGAAAAUAGUGACCACCUGUGUGACUUAAGUGCACGUGGGUGUCCUAAUGCUGCAGGGAGAUACAGUCUAAUGCUAAGUUCCAGGCUUUUAGACGCAGAGUUCUUUGGUUGAAACUACUUCCCUUGACCCUCUCUUCCUAUGUUAUUCCUGAAUUUGUACACAUUUUUAUGAAAUACCUUUUACGCAUUGCCAUUAAAUUUCCUUGUAGAAGAUGAAAAUUCACUUGUGAUUAAGCCCAAAUAUGAGGUCAUCAUGGGGCUAUCAGUGGCUAAACUACUGACAAGACUGACACUAAAACCACAGAUGUGAGUGAUAGGGGAUUCAUAGUAGUAAUGGGGAAAUUGUAGCAUAUAUCCAGCAAUGGAUGGGUGAAAAAAUGUAAAAAAAAUUCGGUGGAUUGGGUCUGUGAAAACUGGAUUAACUAGCAACAAUUACAUCACAAGUAUUGUGUUUAUUUCAUUAUUAGAUGGUUGCAUUACAGUAGUAGACCAUAUGUUAUAGAAGGAAGUAUUUGUGUUAAUAUAUUGUGUAAUUAUUCUUUUUAUCUAAAAAUAUUUCUUAAAUUUAUGAAGGAAGCACAAUGAGGCUUUUCAACACUAUACUUUUUCACAAAUUAUUCAACAUUUAUUACUAUUGGUAAUUUAUAUUUCACCUAUUUGUUUAAUUGGGCUACUGCAUUAUAACAUUACAAUAUGUUUUGGAACAUUUUCCUUAUUUUACACAAGAAUAUGUCCCAUCUCAAUCGCAAUUACACCAAUGGAUGGAUUGGCUCUCAGAGACCAAACACAAAACAAGUUACACGUAAAACAUCUAUACAACUUCCACAACAAUAUCUGGUGCACCAAACUUUACAUUUGCAGAUGAAAGAAAGGUAGAGGGCAGAAGAGGUAACUUGUGCCAUUUGUAUGUCACUAGCAGAUGUAUUUGUUAUUUCGUAGGUCUCACAGACCCAACACAUCUUUUGCUGGGUUAAGUUGGAAUAUGGUAUCUGGCAAUCUAAGAUUAAUAUAGUAAAUGCUUGUGAUUGUUUAGUUUUCUACAUUAUGCAUAGAGAGUAAAACCUUCUGUAGUAGCAAAGUAUAAAAUUGAUGCUCUCUAUCUGAAAAUCACCUUUGAUCUCAAUUAAAUCCUUGAUUUCACAAAUAUUAUUAAUCAUCAUCAUUGUCCAUUCGUGAAUUUCCAUUUGAAAAUUAAAAGCAGAGUGUGAAAAGGAGUUACAGCAUAUGUGGUACAUGAUAGUUCAUAAGGAACUACAUAAGUGGCAAAGCAUAAUGUAAUUUUUAAGAUUGCACCUAUAUAAAUUAACUCCUAGCUACUUAUUUAAUUUAUGGGUUGCACGUAUGUGUAUAAAAGACUUUCUUAAUAUAUAAUGUUUUGUAUAUAUCUGGUUUAUUGUGAAAAAUGACCGUCAUUUUCAAAAAAUUGUCUAAAAGAGGAUAAUAUCUGAAAUUGUAGAAAAGGAUACUACGUUUACAUUAUUAAAAAGUUAUUUUUUGUUCAUAAGUUCACAAAAAAAGUGAUUUAGAGUAAUCAUUAAGUCUAAAAUAAAUUGUUUUCUAACAAUUGGACUGUAGGAACAUAUUUUACAGUAAAUCCAGAAAUAAACGUAUGUAAUUGAGAGAAAUUUUAUUAUUUCACUUCUAGAAACUAUAAGAAUUUGAGAAUUUCUUAAUAUAAGUUUUUGCUAUUUUUCUUUUUCUUUGUAAUACUAUUUCUGUGCUGUGAUUCUGAGAAAAAUGUUGCUGAUGCUUGUGAGAAAUUCAAGUUGUAAAGAUUAUUAUCUAUUUUUACUAUCACCUACAUUUAUUUUGUGUAAAAAUAUGUCAAUAAAUAUUUAAAUUUUGAUACA